UAUACCAACCUCGCCCUUGUUUACCCGGACUGCCACCUAUACAUACGAUCCUGGUUUUUUAGAGUUACUAAAACCUCAUAAACCUGUUUUUUUGAUAAGCCCCUGUGUGAAUUCAUGGCUAAUGAUUUUCAGUAUCAAAAACCCUAGAAUUAUCUCCGUCUUUCAAUGGAGCUUCAUUACCCAUUAGGACUCCAGAGUUCUUUGGCUGCAACUUUAUUUGGAGAUUCACCCAACUCCAGGAUUUUUUAUGUAAGAUUAGGUAACCUUCCAUUGAAUAAGCACUGUGGAGUCUUAAAUAGUAGAAAAGGCCGUUCUUUUCACUCAUUAAAUGUUGGAGAGCAAGGAUUGCGGAGUGAGAGGAUGCUUGCCACUAUAUUGAGAGCAAAUAAAGAAAUUAAUGAGGCUGUUAUUGGUGAUGCCAAGAAUUCCAAAGAGGAAGCUCAUGAAAAUGAUUCAAGUAGUGAUGAUGAUGAGAGCGAUGGUUCAUUAUUAGACGAGGAAGAGAGAAGAGAGAUGAGGAGGAUAAUUCGUGAGGUGAUCUCUAGGGAUGCUGAAAUUGAGAAUGAUGAAGAUGAGGACCCAGAUGAGAGGAGAAAGAAAGUGGAGAGGCUCUUGGCCGACUACCCACUUGUUGUCAAUGAAGAGGACCCUGACUGGCCUGAAGAUGCAGAUGGAUGGGGAUUUAAUUUCGAUCAGUUCUUCAACAAGAUCACGAUAAAAAAUGUUAAGAAGGAUGAUGAGGAUUAUGACAGUGAGAAAGAGGUUGAAUGGCAAGACGAUGAUUACAUUCGUCCAAUAAGGGAUAUCACCACGAAAGAGUGGGAGGUGACAGUAUUUAAGGAUAUUAGCCCUCUUAUUAUUUUGCUGCAUAAUCGAUAUAAAAGGCCACAAGAGAAUGAAAAAGCUCGUAAUGAACUAGAGAAGGCAGUUCGCAUCUUUUGGGACUCUAGGCUGCCUUCGCCGAGGUGUGUUGCAAUUGAUGCUGUUGUGGAAGUUGAAUUGGCCAAUGCUUUGAAAGUAUCAAAGUUCCCUCAAAUUAUUUUUACAAAAGCUGGAAAAAUCCUACAUCGUAACAGAGAGAUUUUUAGGGCAGAUGAUUUGUCAAAGAUGAUGGCAUUCUUCUAUUAUGGAGCUGCUAAACCUCCUUGCCUUGAAGAAGAUGGCCAAGGUGAAAAUAUCCCUCCUCCACCUUAGACUAGUGUUGCUGCAUGGGUUUGAGACUGGAGAAAUGUGGAGCAGGUGGACAUGCUAGAGCAUGUGUAAGUCCAUUUGUAUAAAGUUCAUAUGAUAGGGAAGUUUUAGGCAUAAUGUUGUAUUUGGUAUAUCACAAUCUCUCUAAAAUUUUGGAGCCUUGUAACUAUAUAGUCUCUCUCUCUCUCUAGUUCUUGUCAAGCUCUAAGAAUGUGUAGUGAACUCUCUAUUGUCUCAUUCAAGUUCUCAAAAUGUUGGUUGUGAAAGAAUCCAAGAAAUCAUAGGCCAUAAUGCUUCCUAUCUGUAGGCAUAACUCUUAUAUUCUUCCAUCUUCUAUUUGUAUCAUAAUUGCUGUAUUGCUGUAUCACCAUAGUUUAUCAAAAAAUUUAUGGUAACCAGUUAAA